AUGAACGUGGUCUUUUUCAAGCUCCAUCUACUCAUUGUCUCGGCCAAGACGAUGCAUUAUCAGCAGCUCCUAGCUGCCCUCACCCUCGCAGGUGCGGCGCAAGCUAGCCUCUAUUCGAAGAGCUCUUCCGUCCUCCAAGUGGAUGCCUCAAACUACAACAAGCUAAUUACCAAGUCCAACCACACAUCGAUCGUCGAGUUCUACGCGCCAUGGUGCGGCCACUGCAAGAACCUCAAGCCCGCCUACGAAAAGGCGGCAAAGAGCCUCGAGGGCCUCGCCAAGGUCGCCGCCGUCAACUGCGAUGCGGCCGAGAACAAGCAAUUCUGCGGCACCAUGGGCGUGCAGGGAUUUCCUACCCUCAAGAUCGUGAAGCCUAGCAAGAAGGGCAAGCACCCGAUCGUAGAAGACUACAACGGACCUCGCACCGCCAGCGGCAUCGUCCAGGCCGUCACGGACAAGAUUAACAACCACGUCAAGCGCAUCACGGAUGCUGACGUCGAAACUUUCCUCUCCAACGACAAGGAGGCCCCCAAGGCUAUCCUCUUUACGGAGAAGAGCACCACGAGCGCAGUGCUCCGAAGCAUUGCCAUUGACUUCCUCGGCGUGAUGACUGUUGGCCAGGUCCGCAACAAGGAGGCGAAGACGGUGGAGAUGUUUGGCAUCAAGUCUUUCCCCACAUUGGUCCUGCUUCCCGGUGGAGAGCAGGAGGCUAUCGUCUUCGAGGGCGAGAUGAAGAGGGGCCCCAUGGUUGAGUUCCUCUCGCAAGCAGCUGAGCCUAACCCCGAUCCCGCCUCACCCAGCUCUGGAAAGAAGGAUAAGCCUAAGGAGAAGCCCAAGGAGAAACCCAAGGAGAAGGCGAAGCCCAAGGCCGAGGAGCCUGUUGAGGAUAUCAUCGUCGAGGAACCGGCCGAGCCCGAGUCGGAAGCCGAGGCGCCACCCCCGCCCCCGCCGCCGAAGAGAGAUAUUCCUCCCAUUACCACGCUCCUGACCUCUGACGAGAUCACCAACGCCUGUCUCCAGCCCAAGUCUGGCACCUGUGUCCUCGCCCUCGUCCCUGAGGAGAAGAGCGAGGCCGCCGAUGCGCUUCUUGACAACCUUGCCGACCUCGUACACAGAAAUGUCAAGGCGGACCGCAAGCUCUUCCCCUUCUACGCUAUUCCUAGUCUCAACCCCACCCACACCCAGCUCUCCAAGUCCCUCGAGCUUUCCGGAUCUGUAGAGCUCGUUGCCAUUAACGCGAAGCGAAGCUGGUGGAGGCACUACCAAGGCGACUUCUCCGAGCUCAGCAUUAUGGAGUGGGUUGACGCUAUCCGCCUGAGCGAGGGAGCCAAGAGUAAGCUGCCGGAGGGUAUCAUCGCUGGCGAGUCGAGUACCUCGUCCGAGGAGGCUACCGAGACUGAGACUAAGACUGAGACUGCUGAGGCCGAGUCAGAAUCCCCCAAGCCAGAGGAUGGUCAUGACGAGUUGUAA